AACACUGAACGCUCACACUUAGUUCCCGGCACAUUGGCUCUCCGGCAGCAUGUGGAGAAUUCUGUGCGGGAUCGGCGUUCUGGUGGCGAUUGUGCAUCCGCUGGCGGAGUCAAGGGCAGUCCGCCGGAGAGGAGGGGCUGAGCUCCAGCUGGACAACUACCUCAGCUACGAUGGAAUUAUGCAGUACCUGGAUCAGCUGGCACUGGCCCACAGUAGUCGGAUGACCCUAAAGGAUGUGGGCCGCACCUACGAGAACCGAGCCCUGAAAAUGGCGAUGAUUACCAAUGGAGAUGGACGUUCGGGCAAGAGGGUGAUAUUCUUGGAUGCUGCGCUCCAUUCGCGCGAGUGGAUGACACCCGCCGCCGCACUGCUCACCAUCCACAAGCUGGUUGUGGAGUUUGAGGAGAACUCCGAUCUCUUGGCGGACUACGAUUGGCACAUAAUGCCGCUGGCGAAUCCGGAUGGCUACGUGUAUUCGCGGAAUACAGAACGAUAUUGGAGAAACACGAGGACACCGAAUGGAGGCAACUGUUUUGGCACCAAUCUCAACAGGAACUUUGCUGUCAACUGGAAGGAGGGUUUCCCGCAGCUACGGGAUCCCUGCGAUGAGAACUACGCCGGCAGCUCACCAUUCUCAGAGGUGGAGGCGCGUACAGUGCGCGACAUAAUGCACGGCCUGGUGGAAAGCAAACGCGCUGUAAUGUAUCUCUCACUGCACACGGCAAACCGAUCGGUCUUCUAUCCUUGGGUCUACAACACCGCACCAGUGCCGAACCAAGAGGAGCACGAUGAAAUCGGAAAAUUUGUUGCUGAUAGAAUUUUUCAAAGUACGGGCACGAUUAUAAAGACGUGGCAAUAUGCUCUAUAUGACGGCACCUUUGGUGGCACCAGCAUGGACUAUGCACUGCUCGCGGGAUUCCCACUCUCCUUUGUGUUCGAGAUGUCGGGAACGGGACGGGACAAUGUGGAGUACAAGUUCUUUCCUCCGGCCAGGGAUAUUCGCCAUCUGGCUGAAGAGUCCUGGACGGGCAUUAAGGCGUUUGCCGCGAAGGCCAUCGAGAAGUAUCCUCCGUCCAGGGCGAUUUCGCAUAACCAAAUGGUUGAGCUUCCCAAAAACGCAGCUCCAACGAUUCGUGGCUUUAAUUCAAUGGUUGGAACAGUUUGCAUCUUCUUCCUAUAUUUGACCAGCGUUUUAAACUGAAACACGAAAUCUUUGUAAGCCAAACUGCCUUGCUUGAGAACAUAACAAAAGUUAUCUAAAGCUUUUUAGUUUGUUCCCUUAACUAGCUGUUACUAAGUACAUUUGGUUUAUAACGAUAAUAUUAAAUUAAAAACAAUUA